AUGAUUAUUCCACCAUUACCAAAAGAUAUUUCUAAUAGACAAUUUUUGUCAAAAGCAAAUAUUGUUAUGAAGUUAUUGUCUAAUUAUCCAGGUGAUUUUAUUGAAAAAAUUUCAAAUGCCAAAAAAAGAAUUCACUAUGAAAGGAAAAUUGUUCGUUUUAUUUGUAAACAUUUUGGUGAAGCACCAAAAGCACCAGAAGGUAUAAAAGUUGAUGAUGUUAAAUUUGGUAAUGUAGGAUGCCGAAUUUAUAUACCAGAUGAGAAUAAUAAAAAAAAUGAUGGUGCUAUUAUCUUUAGUCAUGGUGGUGCUUGGCUUCAUAAUAAAGCUAAAUAUUAUGAUGAGACAUGUUUUGAUUUAGCAACAAAAGCUGGAUGUGUUGUUGUUUCUGUUGAUUAUAGACGUGCUCCUGAACAUAUAUUUCCAGCUGGUUUAAAUGAUUGUUGGAGUGUUGUCGAAGAUUUUUGUUCUAAGUCAUAUAAGAAAUAUGGUGUUAACAAUAAAAAGAUAUGUGUAAUGGGUGAUAGUGCCGGUGGUAAUUUUAGUGCUGUCAUGGCUUUAAGAGAUAACAAAUAUAAAACAGGAUAUUUAAAAUGUCAAGUAUUAUUAUAUCCAGUAGUUUCAUGCUUUGAAUGUGAAUCACCAUCAUUUCAAGAAUGUAAUGCAUUAUACAAAAAUACUGUUCUUUUACAACCAAAAAUGGGAACAAGAGCUGUUCUUUUAUAUUUAGGGCUUCCAGCAACAAAGAAAAAUAUUAAAAAAGUAUUAUCCAAUAGUUGUGCUACAGAAGAAAUUCGGAAACAUCCAAACGUGGUUAGAAAUUUAGAUAUUUCAUUACUCCCAGAUGAAAUUUUAAAUUCACCACAUUAUAAACCAAAAUCACAUCCACCACCAGAUAAUAAAUUUGCAGAAGUAUUUUCAAAAGCCGCUUUCAAUCCAGAAUUUGCUCCAUUAUUUAGUUCUGAUGAUGAAACAAUUGGAAUGUGUGAUGCUAUGAUAGUAACAUGCCAAUAUGAUGUACUUAGAGAUGAAGGAAUAUUAUAUGCUAAUAAAUUAAAAAGAUUAGGCGUUAACACUGAAUGGAAAAACUAUAAUAAAGCUUAUCAUGGAAUUUUUACAAUUAAAGGAUGCAAAUUACAAGAAGAAAUUUUCAAUGAUGUAGUAAACUAUAUUACAAAAAAAUUUAAUGAAGAAGAUAAUAUUGAAGUAGAAAAUGAAAAGAUAAAGAAUGAAGUUAAUUAUCCAAUUAUAAAUACCCCAUUAAAGUCAAAAAAAGAUGGAACUCGUAAUGUUGAUGAUAGCGGCUAUGAAGAUAGUACAAGUAGUUUCGGCGGUAGUUCUAAUGGUUUAUAA